AUGUCACCACCGAAAGGUAAAAAAGCAGCUGGAAAAUCUGGAAAACAGCCCGUCGAUGAAGAAGAGAAAAAAGGUCCAGCUAAACUAAAAACAUGCAAGUAAACUCUAUUAAGUCAUGUCAAAGCAAGGCAUAUCCUGUGCGAAAAACAAGGAAAACUAUUAGAAGCAUUUAAUAUCCUUAAAGAAUCAUCAGGAAAUAGGCCAUCGCCUGCUGAAUUUGGAAGAAUUGCUGAGCAGUACUCAGAAUGCUCCUCAGCCAGACGAGGAGGUGACUUAGGAUGGUUUCCAAGAGGCCGUAUGGUUGGUCCUUUCCAAGAGGUUGCUUUUAAUCUUGAGCCUGGAACAAUGAGUGAGCCUUUUAAAACAGGGUAAUCUCUAUUUAGUGAAGGGUGGCACAUUGUACUUGUUGAAGGAAGAAAAGCCUAA